CCGUAUGACCACAACUGCUGGCGAAACGAACGUCUGCUGCAGCCAGAGUGACGCGACUUGUUUUGUGUUUUUUUUUAGCAAGUACAAAUCUUACUACUGGUUUACAAAGGUGACGAAGAAUUCUACUCACAGUCCCUAAGCAGAAAAGCAUUGUGUUAUUUUCUGUCGCCGCAAGCAAUUAUAUACGUCCGAUGAUUUCUACCGAACGUUUGGGAUAAUUACGAAAGUUGACUGAUUAUAUUUGUUGACAGAAUGUGGGCUUGCGUAUAAUUCCACAGGACUGCUAGGUGUUUUAUCGGCAUUCAACCGACUGAUCAGUGAUUAAAAGAAAACCUUACUGAUGUCUCUUGUGUGCACAAUGUAAGAGCAUUACAGGAUGCCAUCAGGACAAGAAGAGGCUCUGCUUCAACACGAUAAUUAUCCCAAUCCUGACCACAAAGCUUCAAUCCUGCAGGCGGUAAAGGACCAGGAGGCUCAGUUCCAGCAACUCUCUCGGGAUCUGGAUGCUGAGCGCCAAAGUGUUACUUCACAUUUGGAGAGGUAUAAAAUAAGAGACCCUGAAGACGGAAGUGCUACAUACACAGAAAAUCCAUAUAUUUGGCGACCAACUCAGAUAGACUCGGUUAUACCAGAAGAUUCAGAAUUUGAUCCUAAAAUGUCAGAAUCUCAUCUGCAUUAUUAUCCUGAUGGGUCUACUCUCCCUGAUUAUCUGCAAGAAGGCAUACCUCAAGUUCAAGAAUCGUAUACACAUACAAUUGGUUAUGAGACAUCAACCUCUACUAAUGGCCAUGGAGAUGGGGAUGCUUCUUCAAAUAAUUCCAAAUCAUCUGUGCCUGUAGAUAAUGCAUCUUUUAUCAGUCGAAGCACAUCACAAACACAACAAGUAAAAACAAUUACAAAAAUUGUGAAGACUAGAGAGGUGCAUCACAUAGGACCAGAUGGCAAACCUUAUUCUUAUGGUGGAGCACUUCCACCUGGUGGGGAAUACAUUCCUUAUAAUUAUCCAAAUCCUUCUAAUGUUCCUCAUGAUUAUGGUACUUAUGAUCCAGGUCGCCCACCUAGUCCAGCUGGUCAGACACCAACUCAAGUCUAUCCUCUAGGAGAUUAUGGUACAUAUGGGCGAACUGCAUCUCCUGUAUCAGCAGCUAGGAAUUUUGAUUUGUAUUCACAAGCUGGUGGCCAACCUUACUCAGAAUAUGGUUAUCGAGAAUAUCCUCCCCAAAGUGUGACAACCCCAUCAGGUGAUUCUCCUAACUUACAUCGAGCUAUGCCUCAAGCUCCUCGUGUUGUAGCAACUGACUAUAAUCAACCUGGCAACUAUGAAGAUAUUGAUGCAUCUGGUCUUGUUCCCCCUAGAAUGGAUUAUAGAACACCUUCCCCUACUCAAAGUGCUGAUAGAUAUGGUACUCCUUAUGGUUAUGCUGGCCAGCCUCUUCCAGCUACUUCCCCUGGGUACCAUCAAUAUGACGCAGGAUUACCUCAAGGCCAUCUUGAUCGGAGGCCAAGUUAUGAUGACUAUCCUAGCCAAGGACCCCAACAUCAAAAUUCGGCUUAUGCUCGUGCCCCUAGAGCUGCAGGAUAUGAAGAGGAAGAGCCUCCAGUACCUCUCAGUGUAAACGAAUCAUCUCAUCCCCCAGCACAUUCAAUUCCACCUCGUCAUCCACAUUUAGAAUAUGCACCAGUAGAUAGUGAAGGUGGUGAUGUUAGAUGGAGAGAUCCUGAUUUGCAUGAAGUAAUAGAAUUUUUGGGACACCCAAAUAAUGUUGUGAGAGCAAAUGCUGCUGCAUAUUUGACACAUUUAAUAUACUCUGAUGACAAUAUGAAGCAAAAAACUAGGUCAUUGGGAGGCAUACCCCCUAUAAUUGAUUUGCUAUCUCAAGAUGUGCCUGAAAUUCAGCGAAAUGCUUGUGCAGCUUUAAGAAACUUGUCAUAUGGCAGACAAAAUGAUGAAAAUAAGCGAGCUAUUCGAAAUGCUGAUGGUAUUCCUGCAUUGGUGAAGCUCUUAAAAAAGACACAAGAUAGUGAAAUUAAAGAACUUGUUACAGGCAUAUUAUGGAAUUUGUCAUCUUGUGAAGACUUGAAACGUCCAAUUAUAGAUGAUGCUUUAACUGUCCUUGUAAAUCAUGUUAUUAUUCCACAUUCUGGUUAUGAUCGUACUAAAAAUCCUUUGGAUCCCGUCAAACCGCAUGAUUUGUAUUGGUCUACCGUUUUCCGUAAUGCUAGUGGUGUUUUAAGAAAUAUUAGUUCUGCUGGUGAGACUGCUAGGAAAAAACUUCGCACAUGUGAUGGUUUGAUUGAAAGUAUGGUUUAUCUAGUGCGAGCAGCAAUUGGUAAAAAUGACAUGGACAACAAAAGCGUGGAAAAUUGUGUUUGUGUGCUCAGGAACCUUUCAUAUCGAUGUCAAGAGGUAGAAGAUCCUGAUUAUGACAAGCAUUUAUUUCCUCCUGUUCAGUCAAGAGCUAGUGCCCCUAUCAGAGCUGUUGGAGAAAAUCUUGGUUGCUUUGGUGCAAAGAAAAAGAAAGAAGCUGCUCAAGCACUUAGUGCAGAAAAAGAACGAAGAGAAGGUGUUCCUCUUACUAAAAAUCCUAUUAGUCAGUCAGAACCAGUUCGUGGAAUGGCCCUGUUGUGGCAGCCUGAAGUUGUGCAAUCUUAUUUAUCCUUGUUGUCAGAAUGUUCCAACCCUGAAACAUUAGAAGCGGCAGCUGGUGCAAUUCAAAAUUUAGCCGCUUGCUAUUGGCAGCCAAGCAUCGAUAUAAGAGCCUCUGUUCGAAAGGAUAAAGGUCUACCAAUUCUAGUUGAGCUUUUGAGAAUGGAAGUGGAUAGAGUAGUAUGUGCUGUAGCUACCAGUUUGAGGAACCUUGCUGUUGAUCCAAGAAAUGGCGCCCUUAUAGGGAAUUAUGCAAUGAAAGAUCUUGUUCUCAAACUUCCAAAUGGUAGCCCACAACAUGAUUCUGGAACAUCUGAUGAUACAAUUGCUGCAGUUCUUGCAACUCUGAAUGAAGUAGUGGCAAAACAAAGUGAUUUUGCUAGGUCACUUUUAUCACUGGGUGGUGUUGAAAGAUUACAUCAAAUAACUCAACAAAAAAAUAAUUAUUCUCCUAGAGUGGUGAAGUUUGCAUCGCAACUAUUGUAUAACAUGUGGCAACACCAAGAGCUUCGAGAAGCAUACAGGAAAGCAGGUUGGAAAGAAUCUCACUUUGUACCUAAAUCUAGUGCUGUUAGAAAUUCCCUUUCUUCUCCUACUUCAGCUAACAGCACAUUGAAUCGCCCUGUCAGUACACAAGGAGGCACAAAAUAUGAAGAUCGAACACUUCCGCAUGGAACUGAGCUCAAUUCUUCAUCAGCUGCAAUACCCUACAGUAGAUCUGAAGAGCUUCCCUUGAGUGAAUUAAGCCACAGUACUGAACCUCCACCUUCAUCACAAAUUCAUAGGCCUCAUAUGGGAGUUUACCCUCCAGGAAUGCAACAAGCCCGAUCCCCAACAGAACCAGUAUAUGCUCAGGUAAAUAGGGAAAGAAAAAAAGAUAAAAGAGAUGGUGUACGUCGUCACUCGGACAAAAAAAUUUCAGUCCAACUUCUUGCCAAUGACCAGUCAGAUGGUAUGCCAGCUGGUGACUCUUGGGUGUGAUCUGUUGCCUCCCUCAAUCCUUUUCUUGCUUCCUGUUGCGAAUGCCUAUUUCCAUCACUGUGCUAAAUACAGAAUUUAUGAAGAGAUCUUAAUGUGAACUUGCAUAAAAAAUGAGUCAGUAUACAUAACUAUGAUUCCCUCUCCCAAGUUGCCAGAUAUUUACUGGAUGCAUUGUAUAUAUUCUGCCUAGAAUCAUAUGGCAUCUUCCCUCGCAGCUGAUUUGUUCAGUUACGGGUGAUAAUGAACAAAUAAACAGAAUGGUCAGCAUUGCUGACUGAUCAAGCCACGGGCAGAGUGGUGGAAAGUGGUGUUUCGAGUAAAAACUUAUUUUGAUUGCUCGGCACGUGCCUCCUUUAAAUGUGUAUAUACAAGUUUAAUAGACAGAGUAAUAACUGUUAUUACUUUAUUACUUGCCUAUUAAGACAGUUGAUUGUGCCAACCAUCAGCGCUCUCAAGCACCUUUCAAGUAGCUUGCAGUGCUGGAAAAUAAGCUUGGUAACUGUAUGCUGCUUUCAUUUCCUGAUUAAAGCUCAAAAGAUGACUUUCUUUUUAUUAGCAUCCAGAUCUAUAUUGGCUAUCCAUGCCGUUACCUUAGAUAGCCUUGCCUUAAUACACUACUUGAAUGUGUGAACAAGGAACUGCCACUGGAAUAGCUAAUGCUGUUCCUUCUCUUAAUUAAGUUUGCAAAUUGAAAAGAGAAGCAUGAACAAAAGGCUGUGUAAAUGUUAUGAAGUGUUGCAAAAAUAGUGUUGAGCCUGGAUGUGUGUACUAUUGCAAAUAUCUCAUUUGAAAUUAAAUGUUUUAUUUCUCCUAGUAUAUUUUUUAAUUUUGCAUUUUUUUACUGAUUUACUUAUAGGAAAUUAAUUUUAAAUAUUUAAAUAAAAUUUUGACCAGCAAUAUUAUCUUCAGUAUUAAUCACAAGAUUUUAGAAAUCCGCAAAAGUCUUUCAUUAUUGUUCUGUGUUGUUUUUAGAGUAAUUCUGCAAGUUCAAUGUGAAAUAAUGGGAAUGAUUUUAACAUUAUAUGCAAUGUAGUUUUUCGUCUUUUGUCAUUCGAGUUUGAAGUUUCGUAGUAGCCUAUUUAAGCACCAUUUGAUAAUGUAUUUACAUUUAAUAUAUCAUUGCCAGCAAGUUAAUAUCAUGAAGUUUCAUAAGAUGAAUCCAGUAAAAGACAGUAGAAUCAUCUGGGAUAGAACAAUCGGAUGAAUAUUGUCACAUUUUAGUCAUGCAAAAUUUUCCUCCCUUAGCCAUUUAUUGUGCAUUGGGGGAUAUUUUUAAAAAUCAGUCUUUGUUACUUGCUAAUCAUCAGCUAUACUAUAUGAAAUGUAAAGAAUGAUGCAUCUUUUCUUAUAAUUGGUAUAGAAAAAUACAUGUUUUAGUUUUUUAAAAUGUAUCAUAUUUAUGCACCGAGUUUGUGUAAUUCAUUUUUCAUGAUGACAUAAGUAUCAGGGGUGCUACAAAACAUCAAACAUUGAAAGAACUCUUACCCAUUCCGUGAAGUUUUUUUUAUUAUCUGUGCAGCUCUUUGUAUGAUAUUUACUUUUGUUAGAUUUGUUUAUAUUUCUGUAUGUGUCCUAGACCAAGUAUAAAAAUGCACUGUAUCUUUUAAGUUAUUGCAUUUAAUUAUAAGAUAAAUAAUGCCUUACAGGCUGCUGACCUAGUGUUUUUAUUUCAAAAUCUUUACUAAUGAAGUUGACCUAUUUACAUGUUUAAAAUGUUAAAUUUUUAAGUCGUUUUACAUAUAAAGUUGUGCAGAAUUCAAAAGUGUCAAAACUUGUCUAGUUGAAAUACUUGAUUAAUAAAUUUUGUCAUGCAAACUA